UUGUGCAGGAUCUUCCCAAUAAUAUGAUUCAUCAAGUAGCUAUCAAGUCUCUCCCUCAGGAAUGGCUUUGGUGUGAAACCUGGUGUGAUGAUGAAUCCAAGAAGAAGGCUAAAACAAUAGACUUGUGCAACAAUCCCCAGACCAAAGAACCAAAAUUAAAGGCUGCUGCCCGCAUAGUUCCCGAGUGGGUUGACUACGACUCUGAGAUACGAGCAUUAAUAGAACAAAUUGGGAAGGAGAAGAAAAGUCGUUUAUUUCAAAAAGGUCUUAAACAUGAUGAACUUUAGCAGAGCCUUUACCCAGUAAUGGGGACAGCUCAAGCAGUCUUCUGUCAAAGACCAAGUGGAAGUUACAGAUGUUGCAUUGGCAUCAGUAUUUGUUACAUUCUGUAACAUGAAGUCAAAUAUUUUAUAACUUACAGUGUUAUCUAAAAAUGUUUUCAAGAAAAUACAAAACCAGAAGAGAAA